AUGCCAUCCAGUGCCAUCCAGUGUCAUCCAGUGUCAUCCAGUGUCACCCAGUGCCAUCCAGUGUCACCCAGUGCCAUCCAGUGUCAUCCAGUGUCAUCCAAUGCCAUCCAGUGUCACCCAGUGCCAUCCAGUGUCACCCAGUGCCAUCCAGUGCCAUCCAGUGCCAUCCAGUGUCACCCAGUGCCAUCCAGUGUCACCCAGUGCCAUCCAGUGCCAUCCAGUGCCAUCCAGUGCCAUCCAGUGUCACCCAGUGCCAUCCAGUGCCAUCCAGUGUCACCCAGUGCCAUCCAGUGCCAUCCAGUGUCACCCAGUGCCAUCCAGUGCCAUCCAGUGUCACCCAGUGCCAUCCAGUGUCAUCCAGUGCCAUCCAAUGCCAUCCAGUGUCACCCAGUGUCAUCCAGUGUCAUUUCAUCCUGUGCCAUCCAGUGCCAUCCAGUGUCAUCCAGUGUCAUUUCAUCCUGUGCCAUCCAGUGCCAUCCAGUGCUGCUGUUUCUCAGUGCUGCAGAUCUGUGA